AACCAGGAGGAAGCCAGCCCCGUGCCUGGAGGGGAUCCGCCAUCUCAGAUCUCUCGGCCUUGCCAGGGCCCACCAGAGAAAACUGACGCUCUGGUCCGGCCAUACCUAUGGGGGACCAACCCUGUGCCUCCGGGAGAACCACGCUCCCACAAGGAAAUACGCGGGAACCCAAGCCUCCAAAAAAGCGCUGUCUCCUGGCUCCGCGGUGGGAUUAUCCAGAAGGGACUCCCAGUGGAGGUAGUACCACUCUCCCCUCGGAGCCUCCUCCUGCAUCUGCUGGACUGAAGUCGCACCCUCCUCCUCCGGAGAAGUAGUGAAAUAGAUUUUUCCCAGCCUAAAUCAGUCGUUGAGAGGUUGCAGUAUGACUCCAUUUCCUUGGUGCGUUUGUAACACAGUUCACCCAUUGACAAUCAUGAAGAUUCUUGCCAACGCUACUCUGCUUUUGCUGGUGUCCCGCACCUGGAAGUUGUGUUGCUAAAGGCUCAUAUAUUUUCUACCCCAUUGACCAUUUCUCUAUUUGACUGUGUUCCUGGGAGAUCAUAUUUGCAAACUGAGACAUUGUACCAGGUGCCCAUACUGCCAAAAUAAGAUGUCUAACUCACCCACUAAAGCCAUAAACCAGUUUGUAGUCAAAAUUCUUGGGAGAUGACUCAGUGGGUAAAGUGCUUGCUGCAUGAGUGUGAAGCCCUGAGUUCGAGUCCCCAUAAACCAGGUAAAACUGGGUAUGGAACCACACAUCUGUAUCCCAGCACUCCUACGGCAAGAUGGGAGGUGAAUCCUUGGAAGCUUGUGGGCCAGCUAGCCUGGCCUCUGCACCUGUGACCAACAGAGAGACCCUGUGUCAGACAAGGUGGAAGUAUUAUGAUGUAAUGACUGUGAUUUCACCUCCAGAAUUUGGAUGAAUUUAGGACGUGGGCAAGAUCGGGUUGUAGACUUCUAGGACUGAAGGCCAUGGUGUGUGUGGAUCAUGGUAAACUCACCAAAGCAAGCCCUUGACAUGGUCCUGCAGAAGCCAAUCAUUGCUCUCUUUUGUUGACACCCAGUCUUUGCUGUAUUACAUUAAAGUUGCAUAAAUGCAUUAAUGUCCAAAUAAAUUUUGUCUUGUUGCUGUAUUAUA